AUGAAGUCAUCAAUCCGUCAAUCUGGAAAGGUUCCUUACUAUAAACUAGACAAGGAAUAUGAAUCACAUACAAUACCAACAUUUCAAAGUCGUCGAACUCUCGCAAAUCAUGUUCGUGACAAUAUGCUUUGUGCAGGUCGACGCUCUUAUUUCCAACGCGUCAUAUAUCUUGCGAAACAUAAAUCAAUCAUCGAACCGCAUAAAAUCAAGGAUCCAUUCAAUCGAAUCAUCAAAGAGAUUUAUAAAUAUCCAACAGACGACCAUCUUGGUGGAUUACUUAUUGGUCACGACUUGUAUUCGAUGCAUAUGCUAGAGGGAAGCGACGAAUUGAUUGGAAACUAUUUUCAACUUCUCUCCAAGACUGCAGAUGAGUUGUUUGAAAAGUCACGCGUUGUUCUGGUUUAUAAUAAUAUUAAUCAACGUUUUCUCGAGAAGAUUGUCUGGCGUUUAGCAAAUCUUCCAGAGAUACCCGAUUUUGAUGAUAAAGCAAGUGUUGAUCGAAACAUCUCAAGUUUCUUGAAGAAAAUGUAUUAUUUAUGUAAGAAAAUUAAAGAAGAAGAGACCGACGAAGAUACAACAUUCAAGUCGUUCUACUUAACGUCAGAUUUAGAAGAAUGGAUACCCGAUGGACGUCUAAUGGAUGCAAUUCUUGAUAUUGAAAAUUUACAAACAAUUCAAGAAUUCUCAACAAUUUACGGCGAUUGUUCAACGAUGCUUACAUUCGAAGAAGUCUUAUGGCCAGUUUCACACGAUCAUUUACCGUCAAGCAUUUUCAAUAUCGGAAAAUAUGAUGUCAAUCUAACAUUUGGGAAAAGUAAAAAUGAAAGCCAAUAA